CUCCGCCUGUCUCCUAUCCCAGCCCUGCAUUAUCUUCUUCUUCUCUCUCCAAAUUAUAUACCGAGCUUGUCUUGCUGUCUCUGCAGCCUGAUUCACUUGAUUCGUUCAAGACGAGUACUGGCAUGUCUGCACACACGCACACAGAUAAUCACGACCAAAACCACAUGAAUCCCAAUCUUCAACACAAGGUCGCCGAAAUGACCGAAGCUCCCGCAUUGUUCACUGAUAGAUUCGUGGACUUUCUCCAAGGACCAGCGGUUCAGGUCACCGUCGGCAGUGCGGCAGUGGCUACAUUGCCUCAUCUCUACAUUCUGCCUUGCAAACUUCUUUCCACCCAUUCUGUUUCAUUCCGUCGGGCAAUCAACCAAGGAAUGACAGAAUUUAUGAAAGCUCACCAAGAAGCAACUUCGUUGGUGAACAACAACGGUGGCAACCAAGAUGGGGCCGACGGCAGUAAACCGACGGCGAAGAGAAUCGAAUUGCGACCCAUAUCAUUGGCAAAUGUCGAACCAUCCAUCUUCGGCCUCUUUCUUCGCUUCAUCUAUCAGGGCGGGUAUCCAUCUGAUAUGGCCUUCUCAGCUCCUUUUGGACCUGGCUCUACAGGCCCCAAGGAUAUAAUGAGUAGCGUGCCAGUGCACUUCCGUGCUUGGGUUCUCGGAGAAGAUCUUUGCGCCCACAAGUUCCAGAAUCAUGCGAUCGAGCAUAUUUAUUGCGGUGCCGGUACUCGAUACUCGUUGACCCCGAGCCUUGUCUACUGGGUGUGGGAUUCGACCAAUAGGUUUGUCGGCAUGGAUCGCAACGGCAAGGCUCUCCCCAACAGCAACGCCGAUGAAAAUCGAGAGUGUAAAUUACGCACCCUUGUGUUGCAUCUCUUGGUAGCCCACUGGGCUGCUCCCAACAACAUUGUUUCACGCUUCCCAGGGCUAGAAUCGCAUUGGGCCAACCUGUUCACCGCGCAGCAAUCUCUGCGAGAUGAAUUCAUAUUCGGACUUAGAACUCUGAAAGUCUUGCCAAUGGAGUCCUACUUGGUCGAAAGCAACGCUGGGAACGUGCUCGAUUCAACACAAGCUACGAAAGAUUCACUCGGAAGAGGCGGAUCGCAGUCAGCAGCAGCAGCGACAGCGGCAACGACAGCAUCGAAAGCAAAGACCUCACCCACCAUCGUCAUCAAGCCAGAAGCCUCUACCCCAGACAUGGAUAAACUAUCGCUCGUCACACCUGCCCGUAAAUCGCCUCCUACACCGACUAAGAAGCCUCCUCAGAGUGGUGUUUUCACAUCGCCCACCUUAUCAACCUCAUUCCAGGAUCGGAAGCAACCUCAAUCGCAGUCUCAGUCUUCCAGUACGGCUAGCCGAAAUCUACGUAAACGACCGACACCGCUCAGUUCUGUCGUGGAUAGCACAUCGAGUCAGCGAUCCGAGAAACAAAUCAAGUUGGAUGGGCGUUUCCGAUGCGCUGGAGACAAGAAAGACGACUCGGAACGAGAUAGCAAUGCUAAUAACCGGUCACACACCACCAAAUAG